AUGGUACUUCGAAAGCAAAAUUUAGAAACAUUCUGCUCAUUUUUUUCCACGGAAUCUUCAUCUCACUUGAGUAACGAGCAAAAAUGUAUCAACUACCUACUUAAUCUGGAAUCGUACAACGAAUCCAUACGAAACUUGCCCAGUGGAAACCUGUCGUCUAAUUUGUAUUCCAUUCUUGCCAAGCUGUUCUCGGAUGAUCAUGAAAUUGAGUCUUUGAAGGAUUUAAACAUGUCUGAAGUUGAGCUUUUCAUCUUUCGAAAACUAAUAGCGGACCUGGACCAGAAUGUUAAAGCGUAUGUGCCAAAUCUUGCUGUAAUACAUGAGCAUUUAAAGAACAAGCUUGAGUGUACCCACUCACUUCAUAUGAAAAAUGGGAAGAAUCCAUUUUCCAUUAAAGCCCACAUGCUAGAUGUGAUGGCUUUGACAAGAAGAUGUCCCCCAUAA